AUGUCCACUACAACAAACAACAGAUUUCUCAAUAGAAAUCCUGAAAAAUCGGAAUACAACCAAUACUGGUACUCUAAAGACACAAUUGGAACAUUUGUGAAAGUAAUAGAGGAUCAUCUUAGAGAAGAUCCAUCAAAUAGAGCGGUUUUUAUGUCAACUCCAUCAGUUUACUUUUCAUUGAGUGCAGAUCUUCAAAAACAGGCUAAAUUAUUUGAGUUUGAUAAAAAAUGGGAAAAGGAUCAAGGAUUUGUUUUUUGGGAUUUUAAUCAACCUGAGGUAUUUAGUGAAGAAUUGAAUGAAAGUUGUACAAUUGCCCUAAUUGAUCCUCCAUUUAUUACAAGAGAAGUUUGGGAAAAGUAUGCAACAUGUGCAUUGAAAGUUUUGAAACCAAAUGGAAAAUUAAUUUGUUCUACAAUUUCAGAAAAUGAGGUCAUGAUGGAUGAAUUAUUAAAAGUUAAGCCUGUAAUUUAUCAACCAUCCAUUCCACACCUUGUUUAUCAAUAUAAUUUAUAUACUAACUUUAACCAUGAUGCAUUGAGUUGUGUAAAUGAUGAACUUGUAAAUUAUUAA